GUCUAGUUGAACAUAGCUAUAUACCUAUGUUUACUUAAGAUAAAAAUGAAACGAAGAGGGAUAGAUAGAAUUUUAUGAUUCCUAUUUUCCGCUUCUUCUUUCUCAUUUCCUCUCUAACAAACAAACAAAAACAACUCCUACUUCAAUUUCAACCAUAAACUCAUCCAAACAAAAGUCAACGAACACCAUUCACAUUCCACACUCAUCAUCUAUCCCCAAACAAUGUUCAACAACAACUACGGCAGCACCGGCAUAAGCGAGAUAGAGGAGGAAGAAAACACCAUCAACCACCACCACCACCACCUUGACACAAUCGACAAUGAAAUCGAAGAAGAAGAUUCCAUUUAUGUUGCAGUUGGUAAGAGUGAUACAAGCAUGGAAGCUCUCUCAUGGACACUCAAUAACCUAACCACUCAUUCCACCAUGCUCUAUCUCAUUCAUGUAUUCCCUGAAAUCAAACACAUUCCACAUCCAUUGGGAGUAGGAAUGAUUGCAAGGAAUCAAGUUAGUGGUGAGCAGGUAGAGAUUUAUAUGGAGCAAGAAAGAAACAAGAGGAGACAACUCCUUCACAAGUUCAUCCAAUCUUGCUCUCUUUCCAACGUUAAGGUUGAUACCAUCUUAAUAGAGAGUGAUUUCAUUGCAAAAGCCAUCCUAGACCUAAUUCCUAUUCUUCAAAUAUCAAAUCUAGUCAUUGGUGCCAACAAAUUCCAUCUAAGAAAAUCGAGAUCAAGGAAAGGAAAUGGCGUGGCUGAUCAGGUAGUACAGAAUGCACCAGAAAGUUGUAAGGUUAGAAUUAUCUCCGAAGGUAAGGAAGUAAAGGAUGAGCAAGUGAUGAUGAUGAUGACUCCUUCUCCUAAGAUAAUUGCCACUACCAACUCUGCUAAUAAUGUGAACACAAAAGAAAAUGAUUCAGUUUUAUGUGUUUGUUUCAAACCAAAGUUUAAAUGACAACAUUCAUUGUCAUGUGUUACUCAAUUUGUUACUAGAAAUAAUUACUAUAUUUUUCAUACAAUAUAUAGUUUGGUUUGUAUUGAAUUUACUAAUGUUUGUAGUGAAUGGUGAAAUUUUCACUUGUAUACAUUGUUUUAUUUAGUGUGCA